AUGUGGAAAGAUGGUAUAACAUGUGAUAUUUCUAGUGCAACUGAUAACAUGGUCCAUGCCCUUGUUAAAAUAGAUCCUAGCAAACCAGAGGUUCUAUUGUAUUUUAUGUAUGACUCUACUUACAAUGAUCCUAAAAAGAAGCAAUGGAAUUUUCUUCAUGAACUCAGUGAAGUAGUUUAUCAACCAUGGUUAGUUUUAGGGGAUCUAAAUUUUCAUCUGGCCAGAAACAGAAGUAGUUCUGACAUUUGGGUUCAAGAUAGAGUUAGAGAUUCUGGUUUAUCUGAUCUGGGUUAUGAAGGUAAUGAUUAUACCUGGACUAGUAAUAGUUUUGGUACUGGUACAAAAAAAGCUAGAUUGGAUAUGGGACUAGGCAAUACUGAUUGGUUCUUACAAUUUCCAAAUGCUAAAGUUUGUCAUUUAUAUCAUAUUGCUUCAGAUCAUUGUCCAAUUAUGCUUAUUACUGACCAUAUUCCAAGGAAACUUUCGAGACCCUUUAAAUGUUUUGGUACUUUGAUGGAGCAUAAUACUUUUAGAACUCAAAUGCAACAAGCUUGGAACAUAAAUGUACAAGGUAGUCCUGCUCAUAAGUUCAAAAAUAAGCUUCAGCGCACUAGAUUCACUUUAGGUAAGUGUAACAGGUUAGAGUUUGGUGAUAUUCAUAAAAACAUUAAGUUAUUGCAGGAUAAGUUGAAUAUAUCUCAGAAAGAACCAAAUUCUGUUAGCCAAGAAAGGAAGGUUAAAACCAUCACUCAUGACUUGGAAAAUUGGUACAAGAUUCAAACCAAUUUUUAUAAGGAGAAAUCUAGGGAUAAGCAUAUUCAUGACAUGGAUAAUAACACUAAAUAUUUUCAUUCUCUUGUUAAUAAAAGAAUGCAUAAGAAUAACAUUAGUUUACUUAGUGACAAUGAUGGGAACUGGCUUAGGGACAGGGAUAGCAUUAGCAGUCUUCUUACUACUCAUUUUAGUAAUAUUUCUUGUUCAAGUAAUCAUGUUUUUCCUGAUGAUGCUUUUUCUAUUAUUCCCACUGUCAUUAAUGAUUCUCACAAUGUUGUUUUACUUGCAUCCUGA